CCUCAGCAUCUCACACAUCAUCCAUGCUAGCUAGCUCGGUUGCAUCAUGCAUUUCAGCAUUUGUGCCCCAUUGGAAUUGGUCCAAAGGGAAGGUGAGAGGAGAGGGACAUGCAUCCCACGAUGGAGUGACCUCCAAUUUUGCUCCCCUCUCGUCUCUCGUAGUACAUAUAUGCGCCCAUGUCUAGCUACCACCUACCGGCCUAGUUCGGCCGACAAGCUUGCUUAUGUAUCCAGCAGAUACAAGCUGUAAAGCUGCUCGGACCAUCCCUCCUUCCCGAGCUAGCUUUGGGGAUUUUUGUCUCUCGUCGCCACCAAUCACCCCAAGCCCGACCACCCAGCUCAUAAAUACAUGUGGACAUCCAUCAACUCAGUUAGUUAGUUAUCCUGAGGUGGUAAUCCUUAAACAAAGCACGCCUUGUUUCUCCUUUCUCCUUUCCUUUUGCUCCUGCGCUCUGGCUAAUGGAAAGGAGAUUAGGUGCGCACGUAUUUAAUACCCAAGCUACCAAUCGGACGUACAUACGCGCACUUGUCAUUUCGGCCCAACAACUUUUCCACCAUUGUACGACGCCAUUGCAUGCUUUUGUUUCGCGUGUGGGUAGGCCAAGCGGGAGCUUGAGUAAGGGGGAAGAGAUAUGAAUAUGAUAGAGAGUGAGCAAAACAAAAGGGCAAGCCUCCCAUGGUGAUGGUGGUGGAUUCUUGCUUGCUUGCUUGGCUAGUUGGCUUGCUUCGGCCGCACCUCUCUCCGGGCUCAAGUCUGGUGGUUGUAGUGGCGCGCGUAUAAUGCGCGCUAUCUUGCACGGGACCAUGCGGUCGACGCAUGUAGACGGCCGGUGAUCAUCGCCGCCCGUGCCAAAGCAAAGCUUAAAGAAACGGACUGCAUGAGUCUGCCUCUGCCUCCCCGUUUAAGGAUGGUGUCUGAUUAUUAGUAGUAUUUAAAAACCACGCGGCCGUCGCUGUUGGGUGCGGUACACUGGUUAGUGCCAGGUUAGACGGGGAAGCAAGCGGCAAGCCUAGCCGGGAAUGAUGCACUAGUAGUACUACAAUGGUUGCUUCCAUUAUUUAGUUGCUUUUCUCGUGCAUGUGGAGGGAAGAUAGUGGUACUACAAAGAGCCUUCUCGCCCUCCGUCGCCGUAGCAAAGUGGCGAUUAGCGUCUAGCUAGCCUUCUCUUCUCUUGGCCUCUCUCCCCCGCCCUCUUCUUCCCCGGUCCAGAGAGGGAGCUGAGCUGAGCCGAGCUGACCGCCCUUUUCUGCUUGUCCCGUUGCAGCUUUCUUUCCUGUAGGUGGGCAUACAUACACACCAGUAGUGCUGGGGUGGCUCUCAAUCAAAUUUUGGAACAGAGAGAGAUAUAGCCGGCCGGCCAUGCAGACAGCCAAGACAAGGUAUGUUUCGUUCGCUUGCUCGUUCCAUCCUCCCCCCUCUGUCCUCUACUCUGCUGAGUUCCAUCCAUGUGCGGCUUGGUUUUUUUUAGCAGUUUGAUUGUUCGUUUUGAGGCGUCAUGUGCUACUAUACUUAUUUGAUUCCUUCCUCCAUGCUUUGUUUAUGCCCAUGCAUCGGUCUCUGGGAUGUUAGAUAGAUUCUCCGCUCCAUGCUCAAAUCUUCUGAAUACGGAUACAGUCAAUGUGCGUGCAUCCGUUUUGUGAGGUUACUGUUAGUACCUCACAAAGUUUUGAACAGAGUUAACCUGGGUCUGAACCUCCCUUCAUCAACGGAGCGAAACUGGAAGCAGCACUGCUCAUGCUCUCUGUUCACGGGGAUUAAACAGAGGCUCUCGACUGUUUCAGGCUUGCAGCUACAGGAGCACCAAUCGCGCGUAUUCCUCACAGUAUAUCUUAAACAAAAUCAACCCCGCUAAUUUCGCCCGUGACACGUUAACCAGUCGUUUGGGCGGCGAUAAACUACACUUUCAUCCUUAGUUCCUUACACACCACCACCUGUCUUGCCGGAGCCAGCCAGGAAGCGACCAAAAUUUUCAAAAUCGGGGGCGCACUGCACGCAUGUGACCGUGACUGUUUGCAGAUGGCUCCAUAUUUUUGAUAAAAUGCAGAUGGCGCCAUGGGCAACGCCUGUCCGGUUCUUGAGCUCGGCGCCAAGCGGCCAAAGGAGCCGCAGUGCGGCGCUGGUCCACCUGUCUCCCCUCGCUAACCACAUCUGUAAAGCCUCGGCCCCGUGCUUGCAUAUCACGGGGGAUCAUUAAGUUAAUAAGCUAAUGCGCCUCCCAUUUCCCGGCUGCUGCCUGCCUCUCGCUCGCCUGGUUGCUCCCCAUUCACUUCUUGUCGGUCGCCUCUGCCGCUUUCGGCCUCGGAUUCUUUGUUUCCCCCCAUUGCUUCUCUUCUCUGCAUCUGGCUGGUUAACUCGAGCUGAAAUCUUUGACCCGUUUAAUCCGGAGCGGUUCUCUAGUUUGCUUCCUCGUCAAGAACUUUGGAGUUCUUCUCUCUGGUUUUUCCCCUGCAUUUGGGAUGAAGGGGGGCAGUGAAACCCUGUGCCUCCUCUAGUCAUGCUGUACUUGAGCAAGAUGCAUUUUCUCAGGUUAUAUUCGAGCAGUACGGCCGUGAGGAAUGGCUCCGUGGAGCACCCUGCCCGUGGGUCUCCUCUCGGGGCAAACAAGACGGGCCGGCCGACGAGGCUGGCCGGCCUGGACUCCGGCGUCGACGCGGCGGCCACCAAGUCGCCCACCGGCCGGAGCCCAAAGGUGGAGCGCCGCACCACCAUGACCGCCGAAAGAGAGAAAAGGAGGUCACCGAUGAAGCUGUCGGAGCUGGAGUCCCAGCUCUCGCAGCUGCAGGACGAGCUCAAGAAGGCCAAGGAGCAGCUCCAUUCCUCCGAGAAUUCCAGGAAGCGGGCCCUGCAAGAGGCCGAGGAGGCCAGGGCGCAGGCCGCGGAGGCGUCGGCCCAGGCCAGCGACUCGCGGGCGCAGCUCGCCGAGCUCUCCUCCGUGGAGGAGACCCGCAUCUUCGAGCUCCGCCGGCUGUCCCAGGAGCGCGAUCGCUCGUGGCAGUCGGAGCUGGAGGCCAUGCAGAAGCAGCACGAGGCGGACUCGGCCGCGCUCGUCGCGGCCAUGGGCGAGGUGCACCGCCUCCGCGUGCAGCUCGCCGCGGCGGCCCGCGCCGACCGCAAGCAGGAGGUGGCGGAGGCGCUGGCGACCGUCGACGAGCUCAGGGCCAAGCUCACGGCGAGCGAGGAGGCCGAGGCGCAGGCGCGAGCAUUGCACGAGGAAUGCAAGCAGCAGCUGGAGGCGAGCCGGGCCACCAUCGACUCGCUGCUCACGGACGGCUCCAAGCUGAUGGAUUCCUUCAGCCUCGUCGUCACGGAGCUCGAGGAGUCGCGCGCGAAGCUUAAGGCCCUCGAGGAGGAGGUGGAGGAGACGACGUCGGCAAAGGCCGCCGCCGCCGGCCAGAGCUGCAACUGCUCUGACUCGGAGGCCGCCGAGCUGAGGUCGGCGCUGGAGGACGUGGAGGCCAGGUUCCAGGAAGAGAAGAUCCUGAGCACAGUCGAGACGCAGUGCGCGUACGAGCUCAUGGACCAGAUAAAGGUGGAGUCCGACCUGCGGCAUGGCAAGCUUGCCACGGCGCUCGCGAGCGCCAAGUCCGAGGUCAUGUUCCUCAAGGCGAGCCUGUUCGACAGGGAGUCCGAGCUGAGGCGCGCCCAGGACGCGACCAAGAAGGCACAGGACGACGCGAGAACGAACAGCACGGCCGACGAGCUGAAAGCGCAGCUGCAAGGCGCGCUGCAGGAGAACGGGCAGCUGAAGCUCGAGCUGCGGCAGUACGAGUCCGAGAAAGUGCCGGCGAAAUCGGAGGCCGACGCCGCGGCGGAGGCGGCGAAGAAGGGGGAGACAGAGGCCGAGCUGAGGCGGCUGAGGGUGCAGGCCGAGCAGUGGCGCAAGGCCGCCGAGACCGCCAUGGCGUUGCUCACCGUGGGCAAGGGCGGCAACGGGAAGAUCUUGGACCGUGGCGAGUCGCUGGACGGCGGCAAGUACGCGGGCUUGUACGACGAGCUCGACGACGACGCGGCGGCCGCCAGGAAGAACGGCAACGUGCUCCGGAGGAUCAGUGGGAUGUGGAAGAAAUGAGGCUGAUCGCCGAUCAACUGAUGUCAAGUAGUGGCGUGGCUCGAUCGUAGGGAUCGACUUGUUCAAUUUUCUUUUCUCUCGCUUGUAAAAUUGUUUUGCCGGUUCUCGUGGUGUAAAAACAUAGGAGUGAUUCAGUCGCAAAAAAAACAAAAACAAAAAAAACAUAGGAGUGAUUGUACUGAACGUGCUCAUAGCUGUAUCAUACGCGCUAUAUGAUGAAUCGAAGAAUCAAUUCAUCCGGGUGUGAACUGUGAAAA